CCCUCCUGGAGACAGAAGCUCCAGCCUGACGCCGCUGAAAAGGCAACUGCACUUGCCUUAUUCAAAGACCUAAAGAAAUUCUCGUUGACCGACACUUGCUUCAAGCUCUGUUACAAGCUAAAGAGAAAAUCCAUGCAGAUUAAAAAACAAAACAAAAAUAACCCCCAAAACCUUGGAUCAUAGUUUUGGCCUUGUAUAGGAGAACAGAAGAGAAGCUGUCACACUUUGCAUGUCAAGUAGCUACUGAGCUGUUUGACAGCUUCUGGAUUCCAUCUCCACUGGGAACGAGGCAGCGCAGGAAACCAUGAGCAAUGAAUCCUAUGGUCUGCUUGUGCUGCUGUAGCACCAUGGCAGGCAGUCCAUGAUCUGACAGGAGGAUCUGUUCCAGGAAGGCAGUACUGGAAUUGGUAAUUUAUUCUCUGAAAAAGGAGAAGAAAAACCCUUGGGAAAAUACAAUUGGUGGAUAAAUGUAAAAAGUACACAUUCCAUACACACUGGAAUUGUGAUGCAUUCUUACUGGAUUUGUGGAUACCGUUUGGAGAAGGGGUUUUUUUUUUACAUCCCCCGCACAUUCCAACAUUGGUAAUGUAGGUUUUUGGAAUAAUUACUGAUGAUCUAUAUGUCCCUAGAUGCAUCUUGAGAAGCCAAGUUAAUCAGUGAGGAAGCCCGUGGGUGCCUUCUUUUUUGCUGAAGAUCUCUUACAAUUCACACCUGUAUCUUGGGCACUCACAGUCUGGGCCUCUCUUGCAGGGAGGCAUUUACAAUAACUGAAGUGUAAAGGGGAAAGAAGAGUGAGUCCACUGUUUAGUGUGAGAGGUGACUGGAAAGAUUUUACCCUGUCUGCUCCAGACCCCACCCCACCUCUCCCCCCUCCUCGCCCCCCUCUCCCCGGCCCAACCCCACAAAGAAUGGGGGCUAUGCUCCUCAAGCGUGGGGGCUGCCUCCUGCUGUGGAUGGCCCUGUUACUGGGCUGCUGGGCUGAGCUUGGCAGUGGCCUGGAGUUCCCAGGGGCUGAGGGCCAAUGGACCCGCUUUCCCAAGUGGAAUGCUUGCUGUGAGAGUGAAAUGAGCUUCAAUAUGAAGACACGCAGCUCCAGUGGGUUGGUCCUCUAUUUUGAUGAUGAGGGAUUCUGUGACUUUCUGGAGCUGAUCUUGACCCAAGGGGGGCGGCUUCAGCUCAGCUUCUCUAUCUUCUGUGCUGAGCCUGCCACCCUGCUGACUGACACAGCUGUCAACGACAACCUCUGGCACACGGUGGUCAUCCGUCGCCAUUUUAAGAAUACGACACUGCUCAUUGACCAGACUGAGGCAAAGUGGGUGGAAGUGAAGUCCAAGCGGCGUGACAUGACUGUUUUCAGUGGCCUCUUUCUUGGUGGGCUCCCACCUGAGCUGCGCUCAGCAACCCUGAAACUAACGCUGUCCUCAGUGAAGGACCGGGAGCCUUUUAAAGGCUGGAUAACUGAUGUCAGGGUCAACUAUACACAGGCCUCACCUGUGGAGAGUCAGGAGGUGCGGCUGGAUGAUGAGCAGAGCCGCCUGUGUGCCAGUGACGACGUUUGCCUCAAUGGUGGCAUCUGCUCGGUGCUCAAUGACCAGGCUGUCUGUGACUGCUCCCAAACUGGCUUUCGGGGGAAGGACUGCAGUGAAGAAGACAACUAUGUGGAAGGUCUGGCGCACCUGAUGAUGGGCGACCAAGGUAAAAGUAAAGGAAAAGAAGAAUAUAUUGCAACAUUCAAGGGAUCGGAAUAUUUCUGCUACGAUUUGUCCCAGAACCCGAUACAGAGCAGCAGUGAUGAAAUAACUCUGUCAUUUAAAACUCUUCAGAGGAAUGGACUGAUGCUUCAUACAGGAAAAUCAGCUGAUUAUGUCAAUCUUGCACUGAAAAAUGGAGCUGUCUCCUUGGUCAUUAAUUUGGGCUCAGGGGCCUUUGAAGCACUGGUGGAACCUGUGAAUGGGAAAUUUAAUGACAAUGCCUGGCAUGAUGUGAAAGUAACCAGGAAUCUGCGUCAGCACUCAGGCAUUGGACACGCUAUGGUGACAAUAUCAGUGGAUGGAAUUCUGACUACUACGGGCUACACACAAGAAGACUACACCAUGCUGGGUUCUGAUGACUUUUUCUAUGUUGGUGGCAGUCCUAGUACAGCAGACCUACCAGGGUCACCAGUCAGUAACAACUUUAUGGGCUGUCUCAAAGAGGUUGUAUAUAAAAAUAAUGAUGUCAGAUUGGAGUUAUCUCGUCUCGCCAAGCAAGGAGACCCUAAAAUGAAGAUUCAUGGAGUUGUAGCAUUUAAAUGUGAGAAUGUGGCAACCUUGGAUCCAAUCACAUUUGAAACACCAGAGUCUUUCAUCUCUUUGCCAAAGUGGAAUGCCAAGAAAACAGGCUCAAUAUCAUUUGACUUUCGUACAACUGAGCCAAAUGGGCUGAUUCUUUUCAGUCAUGGAAAGCCAAGGCAUCAGAAAGAUGCCAAACACCCACAAAUGGUUAAGGUUGACUUUUUUGCCAUUGAGAUGCUUGAUGGUUACCUUUACCUGCUGUUAGACAUGGGAUCAGGUACUAUAAAGAUAAAAGCCUUGCAGAAGAAGGUGAAUGAUGGAGAGUGGUAUCAUGUGGACUUUCAGCGGGAUGGACGAUCAGGUACGAUUUCUGUGAACACAUUACGUACACCUUACACUGCACCUGGAGAAAGUGAAAUCCUAGACCUAGAUGAUGACUUGUAUCUUGGGGGCCUGCCAGAAAAUAAAGCAGGUCUGGUCUUCCCAACAGAAGUGUGGACAGCACUUCUCAAUUAUGGAUAUGUUGGCUGCAUCAGAGACUUGUUUAUCGAUGGCCAAAGCAAGGAUAUUCGACAAAUGGCUGAAAUUCAAAGCACUGCUGGAGUGAAGCCCUCAUGCUCAAGAGAGACUGCUAAGCCAUGCCUGAGCAACCCCUGUAAAAAUAAUGGUGUAUGCAGGGAUGGGUGGAACAGAUACAUCUGUGAUUGUUCUGGUACAGGAUACCUUGGCAGAUCAUGUGAGAGAGAGGCAACAGUUUUAAGCUAUGACGGAAGUAUGUUUAUGAAGAUACAGCUACCUCUUGUGAUGCAUACUGAGGCAGAAGAUGUGUCCUUACGCUUCAGGUCUCAGAGAGCUUAUGGUAUUUUAAUGGCAACUACUUCUAGGGAAUCAGCAGAUACACUUCGUUUAGAGCUGGAUGCAGGACGAGUUAAACUAACGGUCAACCUAGACUGUAUCAGGAUUAACUGUAAUUCCAGCAAAGGUCCAGAAACCCUUUUUGCUGGCUAUAACCUCAAUGAUAAUGAGUGGCACACAGUACGUGUGGUUCGUCGAGGAAAAAGUUUAAAGUUAAUGGUGGAUGACCAACAAGCUAUGACAGGUCAAAUGGCUGGUGAUCAUACAAGACUGGAAUUCCAUAACAUAGAGACAGGGAUAAUAACAGAACGUCGCUACUUGUCCUCCGUUCCUUCUAAUUUCAUUGGCCAUCUGCAGAGUCUCACAUUUAACGGCAUGGCAUACAUUGACCUAUGUAAAAAUGGAGACAUCGAUUACUGUGAGCUAAACGCCAGAUUUGGAUUCAGGAAUAUCAUAGCAGAUCCUGUCACCUUUAAAACAAAAGCAAGCUAUGUUGCACUGGCUACGCUACAAGCCUACACAUCUAUGCACCUUUUUUUCCAGUUCAAAACAACAUCCCUGGAUGGACUGAUACUCUAUAACAGUGGAGAUGGAAAUGAUUUCAUCGUAGUUGAAUUAGUUAAGGGGUAUUUACACUAUGUGUUUGAUUUGGGAAAUGGUGCAAAUCUCAUCAAAGGAAGUUCUAAUAAACCUCUGAAUGACAAUCAGUGGCACAAUGUGAUGAUCUCAAGGGAUACCAAUAAUCUUCAUACAGUAAAGAUUGACACCAAAAUCACAACACAAAGCACAGCAGGAGCCAGAAACUUAGACCUCAAAAGUGAUUUGUAUAUUGGAGGAGUGGCGAAAGAAAUGUAUAAAUCCUUACCAAAACUGGUGCAUGCAAAGGAGGGAUUUCAAGGUUGCCUUGCAUCAGUGGAUCUAAAUGGACGUCUCCCCGAUCUGAUCUCAGAUGCCCUGUUUUGCAAUGGACAAAUAGAAAGAGGAUGUGAAGUUGCAUUGAUGAAAGCUGAUUUGCAAGGGCCCAGUACCACAUGCCAAGAGGAUUCAUGUGCAAACCAAGGAGUGUGCUUGCAGCAGUGGGAUGGAUUCAGCUGUGACUGCAGUAUGACCUCCUUUAGUGGACCAUUGUGCAAUGACCCAGGAACAACAUAUAUCUUUAGCAAAGGUGGUGGACAGAUCACAUACACGUGGCCUCCUAAUGACCGGCCAAGCACUCGUGCUGACAGACUGGCAAUAGGGUUUAGCACUGUUCAAAAAGAAGCAGUUUUGGUACGAGUAGACAGUUCUACGGGGCUUGGAGACUAUUUAGAGCUACAUAUCCACCAGGGAAAAAUUGGAGUUAAGUUUAAUGUUGGAACUGAUGACAUCUCUAUCGAAGAGAUCAACGCAAUCAUUAAUGAUGGAAAAUACCAUGUAGUACGUUUUACAAGAAGUGGUGGUAAUGCCACAUUACAGGUGGACAGCUGGCCUGUUAUAGAACGUUACCCAGCAGGAAACAAUGAUAACGAGCGCCUGGCGAUUGCUAGACAGCGAAUUCCAUAUCGACUUGGUCGAGUAGUUGAUGAAUGGCUACUCGACAAAGGGCGUCAGCUUACAAUCUUCAAUAGUCAAGCAACCAUAAAAAUUGGAGGCAAGGAACGGGGUCAUCCAUUCCAAGGCCAGCUAUCUGGUCUUUACUACAAUGGCUUGAAAGUUCUGAAUAUGGCAGCUGAAAAUGAUGCCAACAUCGUGAUAGAAGGAAACGUGAGACUUGUUGGUGAAGUGCCUUCUUCUAUGACAACUGAGUCAACAGCUACCGCAAUGCAGUCUGAGAUGUCCACAUCAGUUAUGGAAACCACUACCACUUUGGCCACAAGCACUGUCAGAAGAGGAAAGACCCCUACAAAAGAACCUAUUGGUCAGACCACAGAUGACAUCCUGGUGGCCUCAGCUGAAUGUCCCAGUGACGACGAGGACAUUGAUCCCUGUGAGCCGAGCUCAGGUGGGUUAGCAAAUCCUACCAGAGCGGGAGGAAGAGAAUACCCAGGCUCAGCUGAAGUGAUUCGAGAAUCCAGCAGCACAACAGGCAUGGUGGUUGGAAUUGUUGCAGCAGCAGCACUGUGUAUCCUAAUCCUCCUUUAUGCCAUGUACAAGUACAGAAACAGAGAUGAAGGCUCAUACCAUGUAGACGAGAGUCGAAACUACAUCAGUAACUCAGCACAGUCCAAUGGGGCUGUGAUUAAGGAAAAGCAGCCCAACAGUGCUAAAAGUUCCAGCAAGAACAAGAAAAAUAAGGAUAAGGAAUACUAUGUCUGAUCCCAACAUCUAAAAGAACACUUGUAUAGAAAUAGUCUUCAUUUUAUCUGAGACAUAAUGCAAACUUAUUUACUUUACUUUUUAUGAAGCACAUAAAAGAAGACAGGGAACGCAAUUAGAAAGGAAAGACUGUUUUAAAAACAAGCAUUUCAUGCUCUUGUUUUUCAGAAACAGGAGUCAAUAAAUUUCUAAACAUCCACAGUGUUUUCAUUUACUCUGCCUGUCUUUAUGUUGCUGGAACAUUUCUGAAAGACAAUGAUGACACCAUGCAUUCAUAAAGUAUCGAGUAUUACUACAACAUCAAGGCACAAUAUGAAACAAAAUAAAUAAAACAAAUCUCUCACACACACAAAGAAAAUAAAAGAAGCUACCUAUGAUUCUGGAUUUAGCCAAAGUGCUAGCGCUUUCUUGAGAAGUAAGUUAGUCUUACUGCCAGAGAAGACUGUCAUUAUAAUGGUGACUCAACAAGCAAACAUAAAUAGUUUGCCAUCUGGUGCAGUGAAAUAGUGAUUUGAAACUUGCAUUUGAAAUGAAGUGCUGGCUUUUCUGAAGACUUAUAUAAAACAUUUUCAAAAAGCCCCUUUCUGGUUGUGAGGAAAUAGUAUGGAGGCCUUAUUUUCAAAAACAAAACAAAAAAUGUCGAAUAUAAGGCACAUUUUCACAAAAAGCAAACAAACAAGAGGGCAUAGAUGCAAUCAUUGGGAAAUUUUCAUGCACGCUUAAUAUGUUAUUACAUAUGUUUAUAUAAAACACAUCUAUAUGUGCUUUCUGGACUGUGAUAAGUGAUGUUUUAUAGCCUGUUGUAUAGAAAAUGCAAACUAUAUCUGCUCUUCGGCCAUUUUUGGUAAACUCAAUGUUCUAAGUGUUCCUAGAUAUAGAAAGUUUUAUGACAUCUGGAGCAACAGACAUAAAUUCAGUUUUUUGCAGCCACUAUAAAUUGUCACAAUUUUCUUCCUUUUUAAAUUUACAGUGGAAUGAUUAUACUAAGGGGAUGUGUAUGAAUGUAUAUAAGAGUCAGCUAAUUUUUUUCUUACUUGUACAGCCUCUAUUCUGUUGCAAUUCAGUUAUAGUAGUUUGUAUGAAAGAAGUGGAUUAGAAAGCAAAAAUAUAUAUCUAUUGUAACUUUCCUCUCCCCUCUAGUCCCCAGUCCUGUUCCCAAAGUACAUCAAUAAAGUCAAUCAGCAUUGUUGAUUUUCCCAUAAAUGUUCUGCAUUUAUGAAUGAGCUAUAAUUUAGCAAGCUAAAGUGACCUUGGUCUCCAAUCAAGGUUUCAUCACUGAAUAGUGUAUUUUACUUUACAGAAAUCUGGCUCCCCAGGAAACUAUAAAAAAUGUUGAAUUCCUUGUGAAUCUUAAGAUGAAUCAUACAACAUUUAUAUGGCAUUCCAAAUGGACCUAAAAAAGAGUUUAAAUUACUUCUACUGAGUAUUUUCCUUUCCCUAAUAUAAUUAAUUGAUCAGUUGAGGUCCAUCUGGCUAAAUAUUUUUCAAAGGUGUGCAUUUUGUCAUAUGAGAAAGUAUUUUAAGCUCAGUUGAUGAUUCUAUAGUAUUACAUGAUACCCUAACAAGGUGAUGAAAUGUAAGUUGAUCAGUGAUCAUAUUUUAAAGAUAACAUUUAAUUGCUUUUUUCUGCAUAUAUAUAAAAUUGAAUGCAUUUUAGUUAAAUAUUAAUUAUCAUAAUGUUAUCGAUUUUUACGUUAAUGUUGUAUUAACAUUAUUUCAUUGGGUUCACAGCAAUAAAUCAUAGAAUUAACAUAUCACUUGUACAGAGAUACAAAGAGAAUACAUUAGACAGAGAGGGUAGUUCAAUAGAAAUCUUUUGAAUAAUUGGAAGGCCUCUUAGGAGGAAUAUAGAUGUUCACACUUUACAGACAAGAAAAAAAAUUAGCUUUAAAAUUAGUGGCAACACAUCUUCUUGUGUGUUAUUCACUGUAGCUUAUGAAGAAAUUGGGAAUUGGUACAGCUAUCAGUCUUGGACAGAGAGGACAUGUAUCUGAGAAUGCCACUGUGUUUGCCAAACAAAUUAUGGUGUGCAUCAUACUGUAUUUUUAUUUUUAUGAUUGCUUGCAGAAAGUGGAAAUGAGGGUUGCACAGCUUUUCUAAAAUCCAUUUAAAAAAAUUUAGAUCAUUGUUCUCCUAUGGCAUUCUUUACUUCCCCCACCUUUGGAAGUCAGCUGUGUUCUAGAGAAGACAAGGAAUAGGUAUAUUCAACUUCAAUAUUAAAAUCAUAAGUUUCUCAGUCAAUGAAGACGGGAUGGGCAGGGGGGAGAGGGGAAUAAGUUGAAUGCCAGGUAAUGUUCAGAACUGAGAUUUUCAGCACUGAAAGGUAUGAAGGGCAAAACUAAUCUGUACAUAACAGUUCUGAGAAGGAUGGUUUGGUUGCUUUUCAGGUUGGUAGUGACUUUGUUAACCUAGGUGGAACCAUUCUAUCUUUCAAGCAGCUGACAUGCCAGUACUUUAAUAUUUUAACUGAAUAAAUACAUCAAGAAAUAAAAGGUAUAAAAUGGAUAAAAGCAAACUUUAUCUACCACUGUUUCUGGAAGUUCUUUUUGUCUUUGAUUUCAUUGUUUAACAAUAAAGGCACAUGGAAGUAUUGGAGCAUUAGAAGUUUCAGUAGGUAAAUUAAAAUGUUUUAAAACUACCUAACAAAAAUUGGAUUCCAUAUCUAUAACAAUCUAAUGUGUUUGACUGACAUGGCUUCAUUUCUAUUACUGUAUAGUUUUGCCUUUUUUAACAAAACACUAAAAUAAUGUGUGACAUUAUUCAUCCCCCAGAUAUCAAAAAGAGGUCCAAUGCCCUAACCUUAUAGUGCUUUCUGUGAUAGAUAUUUACAAUUAUUUUUUAUUUGUUGCAAGGCCAAUUUAUCCAUUAUUGGAAAUGCUAAGCAAGUGGAAUUUACUGUUUUGUUAAUAAAAUGUUUCUUAA